UGUCUCAACUCAGCAACCUUCCCUUUUCUUAGGGUUUCUCUCUGUUUUUUUUUAUUUCAUUGUUAUUGUUACUUACAUCUCUCAACUCAGUCACUUUUUUCUUUAUCUUUCUUUCCAUUCAAGUUUUGUUCUUGGAAUUUCCCAACCUGGAAACCUUGCAGUUUCAAAACACUUCCAAAUCGAACGGUUGGCGUUUCGGCUACAAUUUGCGUGAGCUUUACUUGGAUUGGGAUUUUUUUCGAGCUUCAAAAUAUGCUCUAAAAACCCCAUCUAAGAUUCCCCACUUUAUUUCUUGAGCAGCGUAAAAUUUUUGGUGAAAAAGAGUGAUGCGUUAAGCAAUGGCGCUUAAGAUGCCAGCUCCGGAGGCGGCUGAGAUUGCCAUGAGGUCCAUUGGAUGUGGAUAUGAUAUUGGAAUGGAUCUUCGACUGAAGUACUGCAAAGGGAGUAAUUCAAAAGAUCCAUGUCUUAUCGAGAUUGAUGAAGAUGGAGGCCAUGAGAUUGUUUUACCUGGUGGAAUUUCGAUACCCGCGGUGCCCGAAUCAAUAAAAUGUGAUAAAGGAGAGCGCACACGGUUCAGGUCCGAUGUUCUCUCCUUCCAACAGAUGUCAGAGCAAUUCAACCAAGAUAUAUCUUUGACUGGAAAAAUACCUUCAGGCCACUACAAUUCCAUGUUUGAAUUCUCUGGUUGUUGGCAAAAAGAUGCUGCUAAUACCAAGACCCUUGCUUUUGAUGGGGUGUUCAUCACACUAUACUCAGUCGCACUGGAGAAAUCCCAAAUGGUGCUACGAGAUCAUGUCAGGAAAGCAGUCCCGUCUACAUGGGAACCUGCAGCUUUGGCGAGAUUUAUUGAAACUUAUGGCACCCACAUUAUUGUUGGCGUGAAGAUGGGUGGGAAAGAUGUUAUUUACAUAAAGCAGCAGCAUUCCUCUACUCUUCAACCUGCUGAUAUUCAGAAAAGACUGAAGGAUAUUGCUGAUAAGAGGUUUUUGGAUGCCAGUGAACAAUACAGCAUGGUGCCUGAGCAAGUCUACCCAAGUGACAAGUUUGAAAUCAGGGAGCAGCGGCUAAGGUUUGCUAGUAACAGUCCAUCAAGUUCGUAUGCACAUAAAGAGGAUAUUGUAACCAUUUACAAAAGGAGAGGUGGAAGUGAUGAUAAUAGAAACCUUUCUCAUAUUGACUGGCUACAAACGGUUCAGUUAAAGCCUGACGUAAUCUCAAUGUCCUUUAUUCCUAUUACUUCUCUGCUGAAUGGAGUUCCGGGAUGUGGAUUUCUGAGCCAUGCCAUAAAUUUAUAUUUGCGAUAUAAACCACCAAUUGAAGAGCUCCACCAGUUUUUGGAAUUUCAGCUUCCAAGACAGUGGGCACCGGUUUUCAGUGAACUUCCUCUUGGUCCGCGACGAAAGCAACAAAGCACUUCAUCUUUGCAAUUCAGCUUCAUGGGGCCCAAGCUUUUCGUGAACACUACUCCGGUUGAUGUGGGUAGGAGGCCUGUGACUGGCCUCCGACUAUAUCUAGAAGGUAAAAGGAGCAACCAUUUGGCCAUCCACUUGCAGCACCUUUCUUCCCUUCCAAAAAUCUUCCAGCUUGUAGAUGAUCCAAAAGGGAACUUCCGCCAAGAGUCUCAUGAUCGUAAUUACUACGAGAAAGUUUAUUGGAAGAACUACUCUCAUGUAUGCACCGCUCCCAUAGAGUCCGAUGAGGAUCUUUCUAUUGUAACUGGAGCCCAAUUGCAGGUUGAGAAUCAUGGUUUUAAAAAUAUUCUCUUUUUACGACUACGCUUCUCGACUGUUUUGGGAGCUAUUUCCGUUAAGCAGCCAGAAUGGGAAGGAUCACCCGGGUCGGUCGCCAAGUCUGGACUCAUAUCCACACUAAUCAGUCAUCACUUCACACAAGUUCAGAAGCCGCCUCCAAGGCCAGCUGAUGUGAACAUCAACUCCGCUGUUUACCCCGGAGGCCCUCCCAUGCCUGUUCAAGCUCCCAAGCUUUUGAAAUUCGUUGAUACAACCGAAAUUACACGAGGGCCACAGGAAAGUCCUGGAUAUUGGGUCGUUUCGGGGGCAAGAUUAGUCGUCAAGAAGGGAAAGAUCUCUCUCCUGGUAAAGUAUUCUUUAUUGACUGCAAUAUUACCCGAUGAAGAUAGCAUCGAUGAGAACUAGACGAUUUUCCCUUCCACUUGUCACCGUGUAUUCUUUAUCCACCAUGGAACUAAAUACUAACAGGACAAAGUUACCGAAGAUCAGAGAAUCCAAAAAUAUGCAGAGAUGAAUGGAAACUCAAGAAUAGUCAGAUUUACAGAGAUAAACUUCAUGGGGAUGGGUGAAUGAAAGAGAGGAAAAAGAGCUGAGGGAGAUAUGAUUAGGAGUGUUGGGUAUUCAAUUGCUUGCAAAUUUUAUCUUGUAAUGUAAAUUUUUUUGUUUGUUUCUAAUAUAAAUUCUUCAAGUUUCUAUGCA